AUGCUUCUGUAGUUUGAAUCUGAACUGCUGUAGAUCAUGUAAUGGUGGGGAAAAGUAAGCAUCUUUGUCUUCAUCUACUAACCCACUGACCAUGCUGUAUUAAGUUAGUUUGACUUUACAAGUGUCCCUGUUGAAACCUCCUCUUACUUUUACUACAUGGUCCACAGCUCCAUAUCACACAUGACUUCUUGUCUUGUUUUGAUCAUUAUUUGUCAAUUAUAGUGUCCAUGUGCAUCACUGCAUACAUCAUAGUAAAUUCAUCAGUAACAGAUUAAGAACUAUGUGCCUAGAUUUUGUUUGGCUUGGCUGAUCAUGGAUUAAGAUGGUAUAAAGUUUCUGUGAUUCUGGGGAAGCCCAGAAAAUAUUAAGUCCAUAAGCUACUAGGUUGUCAAAGGAUUCUCAACUUUAAUAUUUUUUUUAUGAAUCUACUGAGAAGCCUGCUGAAACUAAUCAAGCAAGCAUAGAAGCAUGUGUUUCCUAAAACUAAAAGGCUGAAUUUUCAGGUUUUAUCAGUUUUUCGCUCCAUCACGGUUGUGCAGAUUCAUCAGCCGGUCUAAUAGAUUCAUACUCUCCGGGCUUUAUUUGAUUUUUCUGCGGAUAAUUUGAAGUGACAAAAAAUGUGUGGAAGACAUACUUGUGCAUAGUAAAUUUUAGUAUUGCAUAAUAUUGCACUACACAAAAUUGUUAGAUGAAUAGAAAAAUUGGUCUUUUGUUCUUCCUGGUUUCAGAAUUCAUGGCUUCUCUUUUUAGUGUUUUACACAUCAAAUUUCACAAUACCAAUUAGUGCAAGCUGACACAUAUGGUGAAUCUGUGAAUCUGAACUUCACGUAAAAUACUUCUCUUUGGGUAACUAAGCUCUCUGCUGGACCUGCAUUGCAAAUAAUCUGUUUUGCACAGUCACGAACCGCAAUUUGCAAGUAUGGACUUCAAUUUAAAGAUCAAACAUUUGUUAAAAUCUGCUAAUUUAUGAUAACUAAUAAUGUCAACAAGUGAUGUUAAGCUUUUAGGCAGAUGUGCAAGCCCUUACGUUAACAGGGUCCAAAUCGCCCUCAACGUGAAGUCCAUCAAGUACGAGUACCUCGAGGAGAAUCUCAGUUCUAAGAGCUCACUCCUCCUGAAUGCCAAUCCUGUAAAGAAGAAGGUUCCGGUUCUUAUUCAUGGCAAUAGGUCUGUAUCUGAAUCACUUGUGAUAGUUCAGUACAUCGAUGAGGUGUGGACUAGUGGUCCGUGCAUUCUACCCUCUGAUUCCCUUGAUCGUGCAGAAGCUCGAUUUUGGGCAGCCUAUAUCGAUGACAAGUGGUUUCCACUAGCUACAGAGUUCAAACUGACACGACAGGAGGAAAAAAAGUUAGUGGUGAAACAGAAAAUCAUCGAAGGCUUGAUGCUUUUGGAGGAGGUAUUUGUAAAAUGCAGCAAAGGUAAAGCUUACUUUGGUGGGGAUAGUAUUGGAUACCUCGACAUUGUUCUUGGAAGCUUCUUGAGUUGGCUGACAGCUAUCGAGUUAACGUCUGAUGUGUGCUUUCUUGACAUGACAAAAACUCCGGUUCUGGUAGGAUGGUCUGACAGGUUUCGUUCCAACGAUGCUGUUAAAAAUAUCGUGCCAGGGACUGAGAAGGUGAUAGAGCUUCUAAAUGUUUAUCUCAAACUGUCAUCGACGUUAAAGGCCUAUGCCUAUGUAUUUAAUCAGACAAUAUAAUAAAAAUCCGAUGAUAUUCAAUUUCACUCGUGUUUUCUUGCA